AGGAGGAGACGGAGGAGGGCUCAGGGUGAGAGGGGCCGGCCCGGGGCCGUGCUACGUGUCGCGGGAGCCCUUAUAACGCGCUGCCGCGGGGUCGCCUUUGCCUGCCCGCUUGCCCGCCACCAUGUCGAGCAGCAAGCAGACGGUAUCAACCAAUGUGGUUUACCAAGCCCACCAUGUCAGCAGGAGUAAGAGAGGACAAGUUGUCGGUACCAGGGGUGGAUUUCGAGGCUGCACGGUUUGGCUAACAGGCCUUUCUGGAGCUGGUAAGACAACCAUCGGCUUUGCUCUGGAAGAGUACUUGGUCUCUCAUGGCAUCCCCUGCUAUUCCCUGGAUGGUGAUAAUGUUCGGCAUGGCUUGAAUAAAAACCUGGGUUUCUCAGCUGGAGACCGUGAGGAGAACAUCCGCCGCAUUGCAGAAGUGGCCAGGUUGUUUGCUGAUGCUGGGCUCAUCUGCAUAACGAGUUUCAUUUCUCCUUUUUCAAAGGAUCGUCAAAAUGCACGGAAAAUUCAUGAGGCAGCUGGGCUUCCUUUCUUCGAAAUCUUUGUAGAUGCUCCUCUAAAUAUUUGUGAAAGUAGAGAUGUAAAGGGACUGUACAAAAAGGCAAGAGCUGGAGAGAUCAAAGGAUUCACAGGGAUUGACUCAGAGUAUGAGAAGCCUGAAUCUCCUGAACUAGUGUUGAAAACAAACGUUGCAUCAGUGUCUGAAUGCAUUCAGCAGGUUGUGGAGCUCCUGCAGACACAAAACAUUGUGCCCCGUGCGUCGAUUAAGGAUGUUCUUGAGCUAUUUGUACCCGAAAAUAAACUUGAUAGUGUCCGAGCUGAAGCAGACAUGCUGCCAUCCAUAGAGAUCACAAAGCUGGAUCUGCAGUGGGUGCAAGUGCUGAGUGAAGGCUGGGCCACGCCACUGAAGGGCUUCAUGCGUGAGGCAGAGUACCUGCAAGUGAUCCAUUUUGGCACCCUGCUGAACGGAAAGAAUCGCUCCGUAGCUGAUGGUGUUAUCAACCUGACCAUCCCCAUUGUGCUGCCGGUUUCUACGGAGGACAAGCAGCGGCUGGAGGGCUGCGGAGCACUGGCGCUCAGCUACGAGGGGCACAGGGUGGCGAUCCUGAAGAACCCCGAGUACUUCGAGCACAGGAAGGAGGAGCGCUGUGCCCGUAUCUGGGGCACCACCUGCGCCAAGCACCCGCAUGUCAAAAUGGUGAUGGAGAGUGGAGACUGGCUGGUUGGCGGAGAGCUCCUUGUGCUGGAGAAAAUCAAAUGGAAUGACGGACUGGACCAGUACCGUCUGACACCACUUGAUCUCAAGAAGAAGUUCAGAGAAAUGAAUGCUGAUGCUGUCUUUGCGUUUCAGCUGCGCAACCCCGUGCACAAUGGGCAUGCCCUGCUCAUGCAAGAUACGCGGAGCCAGCUCUUGCAGAGGGGCUACAAAAACCCUGUGCUUCUCCUGCAUCCCCUGGGUGGAUGGACCAAAGAUGACGAUGUCCCGCUGGAAUGGCGAAUGAAGCAGCAUGCAGCGGUGCUCGAGGAGCAUGUCCUGGACCCAAAAUCAACCAUUGUUGCCAUCUUCCCCUCUCCCAUGCUCUACGCUGGCCCCACAGAGGUGCAGUGGCAUUGCCGGGCUCGCAUGAUUGCUGGGGCCAACUUCUACAUUGUAGGGCGUGAUCCCGCAGGCAUGCCUCACCCUGAGACCAAGAAGGACCUCUACGAGCCUACGCAAGGAGGGAAGGUCCUCAGCAUGGCACCGGGCCUGACCUCAGUGGAAAUCAUCCCCUUCCGAGUGGCUGCUUACAACAAAGUGAAGAGGGCUAUGGAUUUUUAUGACCCCAAAAGGCACAACGAUUUUGACUUCAUCUCAGGAACACGCAUGAGAAAGCUUGCUCGCGAAGGUGAAAACCCACCAGAUGGCUUCAUGGCCCCCAAAGCCUGGAAAGUCCUAACCGAGUACUACCAGUCGCUGGAAAAAAAGAAUUAACACUACUUCUAACAAUACUUGUAUUAAGAGUGAGAAAUGAUUGAUUCCCUAUGAUACAGAUCAGCUACUUGAUAUUUUCAAUAUUCUGACUUGUAGGACUUUUCUGCCUGGGUCAGAGAGAUUUUUACUAAUCAGAAAUACUUUGAGCUGGGGCCUUCUCCCCUUGAAGCUGCCAGGAGCACCCUUGAUGGAGCUGGGAGGGGUGGACAGCCGGCUCUUUGCUCCCAGCACAGCGCAGCUCCGGGAAGCCCAGUGCGACGCCAGCUGGGUCUCUCAGUGCUGCUGGCACUGCGCUCCUGUCCCUGCUGCAGAGCCAGGACCUUGGCACCAGGAUAAAAAUGUGCCCUUGCAUGAAGCAGGAAUGAUGAAGUGUUUUUUCUUUACUCCUUGCCCAGUGCAGGAGCAGCUUCUGGGGUGAGAAGUGGUUCCUGCGGGUACUUGGUGCUUGGAUCCAGUUGCUGCUCUCAAGAUUGAGCCUUAGACAAUUUUUGCUAACAGAAGGACUUUUUUAAUGCCACUUUUUAACUGGAUUUUUUUUAAAUAGCCUAGACGACAACUCAAUUGCUUGCUGUUCUUCAUUUCUUCCUUCCUCCGUCCAGUCAGAAACAAAAA